CUCUGGGCCUUUCCAAAGCUAGGUUGAGGGGGUAGGAAGAGCCCCUGCGCCUCAGGGGCCGGGCUGUGUCACGGCCUGGCUGCAGACUCCUCGCGCUUGAGUCGCCGGGCCCGUCUCUGGAGACAGAGGCGGGGGCAGGGGGUGGCGGGGCCAGGGCCGGAGUGGCGGGCGGGGCCGAGUUGAGGGAAGCCGCUCCGGACGCCCCCACCCCGGCGCGCCUCAGUGGUGCCGGCCAAGGGAAGGACUCUCGACUGCGGGGCUCGCGCCGCUGUCAGUGCAGCGAAGUGCGCGAGCAGCGCGGCGCAGGCUGGGCAGAGCAGAGAGAAGCUGAGGGGGUGGUAGCGGCGGCGACUCCCGGGCGUGUGAUCAGUUUCUCACGCUGCAGCCGGGGCCGCCUUCUUCCUCCCUCCCUCGCUCCCUCCCUUCCGCCCCCGAGUGCGGCGGCACCGCCUCGUUCCGCGCCGCGCGGCUUUCUCCAGACCUCUCAGGGCGGAGCCUAUUCGCCCCCUGCAAAACUAAAGGCUGGAUUGAUUUCUUUCUCAGUCACCUUUCAAAGCAGGAAACUAUGUGAGCCCUCUUCCCUGAGACAGUUGGUACUGACUCUGUAACGCAAAAGAGGAAAUUGCUGGCUGAGCUCAGCCUUGGUACUGGUGGCCACCAUGUCCUUGAAGAUCCAGACAAGCAACGUAACCAACAAGAAUGACCCCAAAUCCAUCAACUCUCGGGUUUUCAUUGGAAACCUCAACACAGCAGUGGUGAAGAAGUCUGAUGUGGAGACCAUCUUCUCCAAGUAUGGCCGUGUGGCCGGCUGUUCCGUGCACAAGGGCUAUGCCUUUGUCCAGUAUGCCAAUGAGCGCCAUGCCCGGGCAGCUGUGCUGGGAGAGAAUGGGCGGGUGCUGGCUGGGCAGACCCUGGACAUCAACAUGGCUGGAGAGCCAAAGCCCAACAGACCCAAGGGGCUAAAGAGAGCAGCAUCUGCCAUAUACAGUGGCUACAGCUUUGACUAUGAUUACUACUGGGACUACUUCUACGACAGGCUCUUCGACUAUCGGGGCCGCCUGUCACCAGUGCCAGUGCCCAGGGCAGUCCCUGUGAAGCGACCCCGGGUCACAGUCCCCUUGGUCCGACGUGUGAAAACCACCAUACCUGUCAAGCUCUUUGCCCGCUCCACAGCCAUCACCACCACCGGCUCGGCCAAGAUCAAGUUAAAGAGCAGUGAGCUGCAUGCCAUCAAGACAGAGCUGACCCAGAUCAAGUCCAACAUCGAUGCCUUGCUGGGUCGCUUGGAGCAGAUUGCCGAGGAGCAGAAGUCCAAUCCAGAUGGCAAAAAGAAGGGCGAGAGCGGCAGUGGCAGUGGCAGUGGCAGUGGCAGCGCCAUCGGCAGUGGCAGCGCCAUCGGCAGUGGCAGUGGCAAUAGUGGUGGCAGCAGCCGGCCACCGGCCCCCCAAGAGGACACAGCUUCUGAGGUGGGCAUGCCCCAGAGAGAAGCACAGGCUCGAGACGACGGUGAUGAGGAGGGGCUGCUAACACACAGCGAGGAAGAGCUGGAGCACAGCCAGGACACAGAUGCGGAGGAUGGGGCCUUGCAGUAAGCAGUCUGACAGGAGCAAUGGCCACCAGCAGGAGAAGGGCGUACACUGUACCAGGCCUCAAGCUGGGCACCCACCCCUGGAUAACCACCCCCAGCGGGUCCCAGAGGAGAGCUGGCAGCAAGCACCACCUCCCUCACGUGUCCCAGCCAGUGCCACAUUCUCUGCAGGUGGAGUUACAGCAUCCCCUUCUCAUGUACCCUCCCUCCCUGUUGGCAUUGCCCAGGCCAGAGGGCAGACCACAGAGUUUCCCUACACUCUGCCUCCCCUGCCCAGGACACUCCCAGGCUUGGGGUUUUUCUAUAGGCUUGGAGGGGGGUGGGGCCCACAGGGAGGGGACCCUGACAAUAAAGAGAUUGGAUCCCAA